AUGGCGAAGCAGCAGGAGGAGGUUUACUUCGUGUUCAUGAACUUUGACCCCGUGUACGAACGCCUCAGAGCUGAUCGGUCCAAGGAGGGGUCGGCCACGCUGGAUGCAUACCUGAGUCAGAAGCACGACAAGCUGCUCGCCAAGCUCCUCCAGCCCGACUCCUACCGCAAGAGGUCGUCCCUCGCCAUCGUUGACGGCUUCGCAGUCGAGAUAACUGAGGAUCAGGCAAGCGUUCUGAGAUCGGCCAAGGAGGUGAGGGUGGUGGAGAAGAACCAGGAGCUCGCAUGA